CGUAUCAGAGGCCUAUUAAUUUGAAUAUGGAAGGGCAAUACUGUCCAAGCAGCCGUCUCGCUUUCCGAGGAAGCAGAAGGUUGGAAAUGAAAAACCCCAAGUCUCAAGCAAACUCGGAUACUGGACAGCGAUUUCUCGGACAAGACGGAGUCGAGAGUAGAGUAUGCUGUUUUAGGAUUCAAAUGGGGGCAAAUCCUUCUCUGAGCUUCGCUCUGGUGGCCUUGUUCGUACUCUGCUUCGUCUCCGGUGAUUCCACGGCGGCUCGGCCUGGUCUCUUCUACACCAGACACAGAGGACGAUGCACUCCCCAGUACUGGAGCAGCAGGAGAGAGGUGUGGCCGAGAAUGGUGCCGGAGAGAUCGACGGUGGAGAAGGUGUUCGGAGCGAUGGCUAAGGAGAGGUGGAGAUCUGAUCUGACGCUGGUGGAAUCGGCGGCGAGGAACGACGACGAUGGGAACGCGUACGGUGCGCUGCUGAAGCAGGGGAUAGCCGCUCUGCUCAACUCCUAUGCCAGAGAAAGGUUCGCUUAUACGCCAUGGCAGGUGAAGACGAUGCUGAUUCAGGCGAUGGUGUCCGAGCCGGCUGCUCGCCGACAGGCCCGACGCUUCGCCAUGGCCAAUGAAGCAUGUGAUUAGCAGUAAUCUGUCUUCUGUUCUUGUCGUGUAGCGAAACUUCUCCCUCAAAGCGAGGGUUCUUCCUCUCCGUCUUUUUGACAUUUUGUUUGGGCCUUGACUCCUUCCUCGUUCGGCCCAUUUAGAAACGACAUCCCCCUCAUUGUAUUUUCUGUAAAAUGGCAAUAGUAUGGUUAUUAAAACUCUGCGUACAAUUUAAGCA